UGGAACGUAGUACAAAUAUUUCAACAAAAAAAAUUUAUCCCAUAUUGAAAGUUCUGUUGUAAAAAUGAGUUACCUCUUAUUUCUUAUUUUCUUUGCAAUUCUGGAUAUUGGAAGGACUUACUCUUUGGAAACUUUCAAACCUUCCAACGAAAAACUUUCAAGCCUACUCAUCGACAUUCAUAAAGUGGAAUCUUUUCAAAGUCUUUUUAUUCUAAAAUCAUCCAAAAAACUCAAAACUAUUGACAAUGAAGAAAAUUUCAUUAAAGAUUUAUCAAUAUCUCUUGAAAUUCCAAUAAUUCAAUCAACUGAAACAGCAUCAUUUCACUUGAAAAAGAAAAUCAAUGAAAAUCUACUAACAUUUGUUUUCUUCGAUUCAAAAAAUCAACUACUUCUGCAACAACUUUCAAAAUAUCUUAAUCAUUUGAGGUUCUGCAAGAUAAUAUUUUACUAUAGUAAUAAUAGUUUGAAGAAGGAAACAGAACUAAUAGAUCUGUUUGAUUUCUGCUGGCGAAAUAGCAUGAUAAAUGUGAUGGUUAUUUAUAGUGACUUUGCAAAUUCAUCUAUUUACUACAGUUAUAGCAAUUUUUCGAAUGUUCCUAUUGAAGAAAUCAUAUGGAAUGGGUCAUUGCCGAAUCAUGGUUACUUUCCGAAUCGCAUGCGAGACUUGAAACGAACAGUUCUGCCAGUUCUAUUGGGAGGAGAUGAACCAGGGAUGAUAUUCAAACGAAAUAGUAUUGGUGUGGAGAAAGUCUUAGGCCAUUCUGGUCACUUUUUCCGCGCUUUAGCUAAAAAACACAAUGGUGUUUUGAAUAUGACAAACAUUAACCCUUCGCUUACAAACUUCGAUAUGUUUCAACUUGUCUUAAAAGGAACAGUGGAAUUUUCUUCUGGAGUUGUUCAACGAACAGAACAGCUAGAAAUGUACACUUAUCCUUAUUAUCUGGUUGAUUGGUGUAUAAUGCUACCAGUUGAACCAAAAAUUUCAAUCUCUGAUAUAUUCAUAAGAAUUUUUGACUGUCAGACAUUUCUCUUGACUAUCGCUGCACUUUUUCUUCUAUCAGUUAUACUCGAGUACAUUUCCGGACAAAAAACGGCUUUGAUCGACUACUUUUUCAACGAUAAAUGUUUACGGGGAUUUCUUGGACAACCAUUUCCGGAGGUUUCGAAUGCUUCUGGAUGUCAUUUCUAGGGACAAAUAUCUUAACUCUACCAAGUGAAAAACCGAUAGAAUCUUUCGAUGAUAUUGUAACAUCUCGGAGAAAUUUAAAAAUCUUAAGUUUGAAUUACAACAUGGAAAAUUAUUUCGAACAUAAUCCAACUUUUAAAUCGAAAUACCAGGAAAUUUUUGAAUUAACAAACUACAAGACAUUCACUAAAAAUCGUGAUUCUUUCAAUACUGUAUUUGCCUAUACAACGACUUCUAAUAUUUAUGAUAUUUUGAAACAUCAACAAUCUCUAUACAGUGAGCCACUAUUUCGUUUGGCAGAAAAUUUAUGCUUGCAAAAAAAUGUUGAAGAUUGUUUUGCAAUAAGUGAAAAUUCAAUUUAUAGAGAUAUUAUAAAUUUUAUGAUUUUGGAAACACAUUCGUCGGGACUUUUUGAAUUUUGGAAGAAACAGGCUUUUUAUGAAUUAGUUGAGAUUGGAAGACGGAGAUUGUAUGAUUUUAACCGGAAAUCAAAGUUGCAGCCGUUAAAGGUGGAAGAUUUAAAGUUAAUUUGGAUUAGAAUGGGUGUGGCUUUUGUAUUGAGUUGUCUGUGUUUAAUUGGAGAGUUGUGUUUUUUCAAGCUGAGACAGAGAUUUUAAGCAAAAAGGAAGUUGUUUUCAAACCAAAGAAAGGCUGAAAUGUUUUUGAGGUAAUAAAAGACGUGGAAGUCUCAAAAUGGAUUUGGACUGAAAUGGAUGUGGCUUUUGUUUUGAGUUGCUUGUGUUUUAUUGGAGAGUUGUGUUUUUACAAGUGUAGACAGAGAUUUAAAUAAACAGUGAAAUUAUUUUAAACCAAA